UUCUAUCAAUCACAAGGCGUUUUGAGUAGUUACAUAUAUAUUUUUUUUGAGAAUACAUAAUAUUUAGUAAAUAAAUAAGUAAAUCAUUUAUCCCAAUAAUGGAUAGUGAUAAUCAAUCGUGUCGACAUUUUUCACUUGACUCAACGUCAUCAACUCAAUCGGAUCGUCCGCAGACCACAAAUAAAAAGAAGGUGAAGAAGACUCCAGGGAAGCCAGAAUCAGAGGUGCAGAUAUCGCCACCAUGCUCCGAUAUUAUAACAUCGUCAUCAUCCUCAUCGACCACAAUAUCGAUGCGUGCUCUGGACUCUGAUAGUCGCGUGCCAAAGCCAACGACUGUCGAAGCUCCAAAUAUCGGUUAUGAGUUAAACAUAGCCAAAUCUGUGCUGCAACAAUAUAGUACUCUAAGUGGGGAUAACCUUUUUGAUCACCUCAGUGAUAUUGUGAAACGCGUUAUAGACGAGCGACCGCCAAACGUAAUUGAUUUCUUCGAAGAGUUUAGUCGAAACGUGCGUGAGCAAAAGUUCCAUGUUCCGGAGCGAUUUCCGCCAAACGGUGUGUUUGCCGACUGUCGCAUGUUUCGCCCGGCCAAAAGAAUUUUGGGUGCUAUUAAACUUCCUACCAAUGUAGAACAUGAUUUUGGGGCUGAUGAGGAUCUUGGAGAAGAAGCAGUCAUCUACGCAGAUACAGAGCUGCAAAUAGAUCUUGAUGAUUCUCUUCGCAUGUUUGUUACAUUCAAUGAGCGUGUUGAGCAAUUGCAAUUCUAUUGGAACCAAGCCGGCUUUAGCAUUAGCAAGAAUGAUAUUUUUCAAUUGGCAAGUUCCAUAAAUCGUUUGCAAACUCAUCCAUCGAUAAUGCAAUGUCGCUUCUGGGGUUGUCUUUAUGGUUUAAAGAGUUCCUAUUAUAUCGUCGAGGCUUCCUUGACACGUGACGAAAUGUUAUCACGUUUGAAUAUGAUGGAGGAAGAGAUGCGCGAAAAGCAGCUGCCGUUGAAGAUGCGGAAGAAUCAAGAGUAUAAACCCAAGCCAGCGCAUAUUGGACCCGAGCUAACUCCAGGAAUCUAUGGUUGGGAGAAUAUUGAUCCUGACGAUUUAGCGAAAAUGACACCAAAAGCUGAGCCGGUGCCCUUAGCGGAAGAGAUCGAAUUCUAUGACAUUCCACCCGAGUUUAUCGGUCGCGGCUGCAAUCGAUUCUCAUACUUUGUGGUCAAUAGUCUCUAUGAUGAUUGGAUUGAAUUGCCAAUUGUGACGCCUCGCCAAAUUAUUGUCUCGCGCCAUAUCAAAAAGUUCUUCACUGGUGACUUGGAGGCAGAUGUCGUCUCGUAUCCCUGUUUUCCUGGUAAAGAGAAGCAUUACUUGCGUGCAAUGAUUGCUCGCAUUUCCGCGGGAACUCACAUAGCCCCGCAGGGAUAUUACAGACGCAUGACGAAGAAGGAAAAGGAUCUGUACGAUGGCAUCAAUAUGGAUGAGAUGGAAGAAGAGGGAGAGGAGGAAGAAAACUACAACGAGGGCGAAGAAGAUCAACUGCCAGAUAACGAUGUCAUGCUUAUGAAGAAUGAGCGUUUUGAGAUUGAGCCAUUGAGCACCUUGGCAACUCCCAUUGCUUGGGUGCAUUGCCGACCAAACAUAUUGAACCAGGGACGGAUUGUUUGGUUCGAUGAGGAAAAGGCAAGUAAAGAGCGUGAAAGAGCACUGACUUUAUACUUAAAGAUGCGACUAAUGGAGGAGAUGGAAGAGGAGGCAGAAGAGGAGGAGGCUGAAGCUGAAGAAGAAGGCGAUGAAGAAGAAAUGCUUACCGGUUUUAUUCACGCAGAAAUAGGACCAGACAUCCUGUCAUCCUGUGGAAAUGAUAUGAAUACAGAGUGUCCAUCUCCCUGGCUUGUACGCUUUACCAGCAAGUAUACAAAUCUGAAGGAACGAUUGUUGAUCAUGCAAUCGAAUCUGUGGCCUGGAGCAUUCACAUUCCUGUUUGAAAACACUUGUGAAUCUAUUUAUUUAGGAUGGGGACACAAGUUCUGUAGGCGAAAUAUACCGUUUAAUCAUUUACCAAAAGUACAAGAGGAGUUUCCUCAUGGAAGCGAAGACUUCAUUGAAUCAACCGAUCCAUCCGUCGAAGACGAGUUGGCCUACAAUGAGUGGCUGCUCAACAAACAGAAGCGACCCACUGAACUCGGCGAAGAUGGCAACGAAUACGACAUGGGAGAGGAUGAUGAUCAGUAUGGCGAUGACGAUGAUUAGAGCGAUACUCAUUAACAAUAAUAAUCAAUUAUGCUGCCAUGUACAUACAUAUUAUUUUAUUAAUUUGAGUGAAUGAAUAAAUAGAAUCACAAUAUUGUCCUGGUGCACA